CGCGCGCAACAUGCUCGUCCCCGACAACGAGACCUACCGCGGCAACGUGCUGGCCUUCUACAACGUCCUCGAGGCUGCGUGCCGCAUGGGCAUCCGCAAGAUCCUCCUCGCCAGCUCCAUCUGCGUCUACGGCGUCGCGUUCGCAGAGGGCGACGUCGACUACCCUUCCUUUCCCGUCGAUGAGGAUGUCCCCGCCGUUCCGAUGGAUGUGUAUGCUAUUUCGAAGGUGUGUGGUGAGCGGACGGCUGCUGGGUUCGCGCGGAGGUUUCGCGGUACGGAUGUCUAUGUGUAUAGGUUUGGGGCCGUGGUGAGUCCCUCGGAGUUCCAGGAGAAGUUCAAGGCGUAUGUGCUGCGGCCUGACGAGUGGAAGGUGCAUGGGUGGACAUAUACGGAUGCGAGGGAUCUGGGUGGCAUGUUAGAAAGGGGCUUGGUUGUGGAUGGGCUGGGGUUUCAGGUGUUCAAUGCCGUCAAUGAUGAGAUGACGAAUUUCGAGGAGUCGACCGCCGCGUUUCUGGCGAGAGUGUGUCCUUCUGUUCCGGUGACCAGGGAGUUGGUGGGCAGGGAGGCGCCGGUGUCGAAUCGGAAGUUAAGGGAGGUCUUGGGCUUUGUACAGCAGCACCGAUGGCAGGAUUAUUAUCGGGCUUAGAAACUUG